AUGGCGAGCAAUGUGGUCCCCGCGCCAUAUCACAUCACUCCGGAUGACAAGCGCGGCCUUGUCAUGGUCGUAACAACGACGACCGUCUCGUUCGUAAUUUCCUGUCUGCUAGUCAGGAUCUACGUCCGAACAAAAGUCAAAGAAUGGAAGCGCGACGACUCUUUGCUAGCACUGGCAACGCUGUUCUGCUGUUUUCAAGCGGCCACUGUUUACAUUCAAAUCGAGGAGGGUCUUGGCUUGAAAAAGUUCGACCAAUCCAGGCUGAGCCACCUCGGAAGGGCCAACUUCGCACAACAGAUUCUCUAUCUCUUCACCUUGUUCCUCUCCAAAUGCGUCGUCCUUCUUUUGUAUCUGCGCCUUACCGCGGGCAGAAAACACGCAAUGCUCGCAUACAUCACGAUUGCCGUAUGCGCCAUUUGGACCGUGACGUCUUUCAUCUUGACUUCGAUCAACUGUAAUCCCAUCGCCUUCUUUACACAGGGCCUCGAGGUUUGCGGAAAUAUAACGUGGCGCUGGCUCGUCAUUGGAGUCUUCGACAUCUUCACGGAGCUUCUCAUCUUCUUCAACGCCAUCUACCUCGUCGCCGGCCUCCACAUGGCCUUCCGCCUCAAAGUCAUCGUCAUCCUCGCCUUCAGCAUCCGCCUCCCGGUCAUCGUCGCCUGCGCCUUCCGCAUGAAGUACAUCCGCGGCCUCGCCGCCAUCACCGCGGAUCCGACCUUGGACGGCGCCUACUCGGUCGUGGCGGGCCAGUUCCAGCUCGACUGGGCCAUCAUGGCCAGCACCAUCUCCUGCAUCGGGCCCUUCCUGCGGCCCUUUGAGAAGGAGGGCGGCGGCGGCAGCAGCUAUCGGCGACGCUACUACGCCGAGCAGCAGCCGUAUCAUCAACAAUAUCCUUCGCACCGCAGCGGGGGCGGCGGCGCUGGCGAGCGUUCCUUCAACGACACCAUUUCCUUCGGUACUGCUAUCAAGAUGGGUCCCGUCGUCGGCGGCAAGAGGACCAGUGGCGGUGGAUUGUACGGCGAGGGCGGGAAGAGUGUGAUGAAGCAGCAGCAGCAUCAUCAUCAUAAGCAUAAGUUGAGCCUGGGUCACCGCGGCAGCGCUUUCUCCCGCUCGGCGUCGCCGUCGGAGCUGGUGAAGAUAUCGCUGGAUCUGCGGCCCGACUUUUGCCAGCACGAGGCCGGCGCCACGAGGAGCAGUACGGCUGGAGCCGGGGCCGAGUUGGAUCAGCUGAGCAUGGAGAGCAACGAUAGCAAGAGGAUGAUCAUCUCGAAGAAGACGGUGGUGAGGAUAGAGAGGGAGGGCGAGGAGGACAGCAUCAGUUGGGCUAGGGAUAGACGGAGUGCUGGGAGCUCAAGAGAUGGUGGGGGAGUCGGGAUGGCGUAUAGCCGGAAUUAA